CCAGCACCACCAGAGCUAACCCAAACCAGCUCGACUUCUACGUUUUCUUGGAUGAGCUAGUCUCAGAUGUAAUCGUUGCCGCUGCCAUAUUUCAUCCCAAACUCUAGCGCAUUUCAUCACCGACCACCCUCGUCUGGCGCUCUCUCUCUGACUCUUCCUUCCACCCCCAUCCAUCAUCCCCAGCGGCAAUAUAAACCCACUUGUUAUCCCUCCUCCUUCUAGUCGAUAUGGCCCCGCGUCAAGCAAACCGAAACAUCCAAAAAGUUGGGCGCCAACGCUCGGUGCCAAAACACGAAACCAUGGCAUCAGAGACUUCGGAUGUCAGUAUCCAAGUCGAGAUCAUCGUCUCCAAGCAAACUCUUGUGCCCAAGCCAGCAUGUCAAUCACUCACCCGCCCAGCUCAUGUCGUUCAUUGUGCGUAUCUAGAGAAGGCAAUUCUAUCUUGGGUGCAAUGCCAUAUUGGUUCUAAUGCAAGUCCCGCCAUCGUGAGGACAGCAAGUGCUACUCCAAUCCCUAUUCCUGCAUCUGCGCCUGGUGACAGAGAGCUGCUAUUUGAGCUCGUUUCGUCGACUAAGAGGCCCGUCCCAGUGGGCGAAGUAGAGCUACUUGUCUGUGUCAAGGGGUUUGGAGUGUUGGAGGCUUCUGAAGGAGUUGAUGUACUGGAAGAAGAAGUUGUUGUACCAGAGGAAGUAGUCGUUGUACUUGAAUAUGAAGCACUUGAGGAGCUCUGCGUCGAGGAUGUUGAGGGUGUUGAUAUGGAGGAGGAAGCAGCAGCUUGGUUGAGGUUACACCUGACCAAGCUAUCAGUCUGAUUGAAGUUGGAGGGACACUAAAUAUUCAAGUUAGCACUUCUUCAACUCCUGGCCGUUGAG